CCAGUCCUUCCCCUGAGAAUCCUGCCCGCCCUCCGGGCUCCCUCCCUAGUCCCUGCCUCCCUCCCUCCCUGGCGGCUGUGAGUCGCCGAAGGAAGGGGUCAAAGGCGACCGGGAGGGAGCCUGACGUGGCCUCCUUUCCUCGUCGUGGCCGGGCGGCGCUGAGGGAGGGAGAGAGCGAGGAAGCCGGCCGUGGAAGAGCCCUUGUCCCGCCAUGGAGGCCCGAUACAACCUCAAGAGCCCCGCUGUUAAACGUUUAAUGAAAGAAGCCGCUGAACUGAAAGAUCCGACAGACCAUUAUCAUGCCCAGCCCUUAGAGGAUAAUCUUUUUGAGUGGCACUUCACAGUCAGGGGCCCUCCAGAUUCAGAUUUUGAUGGGGGAGUUUAUCAUGGACGCAUAGUUCUGCCACCAGAGUAUCCUAUGAAACCACCAAGUAUUAUUCUCUUAACGGCCAACGGCAGGUUUGAAGUGGGAAAGAAAAUUUGCCUAAGUAUCUCAGGACACCACCCUGAAACAUGGCAGCCAUCAUGGAGCAUAAGAACUGCCUUGCUUGCCAUUAUUGGAUUUAUGCCUACAAAAGGGGAGGGAGCCAUAGGAUCCCUAGACUACACACCUGAGGAAAGAAGAGCACUUGCUAAGAAGUCUCAGGAUUUCUACUGUGAAGGAUGUGGAUCACUUAUGAAAGAAGCUCUCUUACCAUUAACAUCUGGAAGUGCCUCAAGCCAGGCUGCUGACAAAGAGGCCAAGGAACUUGCUAGGCAAAUUAGUUUCAAGGCUGAAGUUAACCCAUCUAGAAAAUCUGUUGCUGAAUCAACAGACCUGUCAGAAUUUAACCACUUGGCCAGUUCACCUGAACACCAACAAGAAAGUACAAUUCCAACAUUGCAGGACACAGCUAUCAAUGACGUGUCUGAAAAUCAGACCAACUCAGCCACCUCAAGUCAAGAAAACAACACUCAGUCUAUGGCAAAUAAUACUUCUCUGAGUCCUCGCCAGAGGCGUGCACAACAAGGGCGAGUGCCAACGUCAAUCAACUACAAUCACGGUCAACAGCCAAGGGUCAACGCAGAUCCUGUGGGGUCAAAUGUCCUAAUUCUUCUUCUUGUUUUAGCAUUAGCAGCUCUUAUAUUUAGGCGUAUAUAUCUAUCCAAUGACUAUAUAUUUGAGUUAUGAAUUUCUCUCAUAACAGUGACUUGAUUGAUUUAUUAAGAUAUUGGAUGUUGGAUAUGAGGAUUGUUUACAUAAGAUUACUUUUUGUAUUUACUUAUUUUAAGUCUGAAGUUGGUGUACUAUGAGGUACUUUAAUAUCUGCAAGAAGUGCGCACCUUAAUAUUGGUGUGAGUAUGGACUUAUUAACAAUCUGUACAAACUGAGCAGAUGACCUGAAGUCAUGUGGAAAAAAUGUUUCUACAGUAGCAGGAUAUUUAGGGAGUAAGAAGACUGGAUGCUUCACUUGUGAACUUUUGUGGAUAAUUUUUAACUGACAGAAACAUGAAAUUUGUGGUUUUAUGCUGGCAUGAAUAAUUAUUCAUAAUGGAGCGACUAUACAAGUUUACCUGGGUGGGAUGUAUUGAAAUGCAAGUAUAUUUGCACAGCAAAUGUUAUUAAAUUGAGCAGGGAAGGGAAGUUGUUAAUAUUUUGUAAGUACGUUUAUUUCUUACAGAACAAAUGUAGGAAAAAUCCUUACAUUGUGAGACUGCUAGUGUACAUUAAAAAAGGGGCCAGAACAUA